AUGCAUCCAAGAGCCAAGAGCUGCUCAGAAGAGGAUGAAGUGAUGACAGCAGACAGUGUGGGCAUCUUCCCUCCGAAGGGUCUAGACGUACCACUCAGACUUUCUCCGGGCUGCCAGCCCACCGUUCUCCGCUCUGUAGUUCCACCGCAGGACCUGAGCCUUUGUGCUGUUUCCUCAUAUCAGAUUUUUGUUGUAAAGGCCAACACAAACGCCUCCUAUUGGAUUCUAUUUUGGAACAUAACCAAAGCCUUGCUUCUCCACUAUGAAGUGAGCCUUGCUCACAAUGAAACAGCAGACCCUCGCUGGGUGUCGUUUUACAAUAAGCAUAUGUGA